AUGACUUCGCAGACACGUCUUCCAACCGAAGGUCAAUUGGCCACACACCUCCCUGGAUUGACAGCAUUCAUCACCGGCCACAAACCCUCCACAGGGGAUACGACCAUUCAAGAAAAGCGACCUGCAAAAUGGCGCUCCAUCGACAGCGGGGGCAUGACCUUUCACGAGGUGUUUACCACAUCUGAGUUUCCUGUCUCGAUGAACAACGACGUCGACAUCAAGAAACAUGACGAGAGGGUCAACUCUGGAAAGAUGGGCAUCGUUAACCCUAGCGGGACGGUCCUAAGAUUUGUCGACUUCGCUCCCGAGUUUGAGUCAAUGAUGCAUCGGACGAGGAGUUUGGACUACGGAAUUGUGAUCGAGGGCUCUAUCGAGCUGAUCCUCGAUUCCGGUGAAAGACAACUGCUGCAACGGGGCGAUGUCUGCGUGCAACGUGGGACCAACCAUGCCUGGAGGAAUCCAAGCAAAACUGACUGGACAAGGGUUGUCUACAUCUUGCAGGACUCACAGCCAGUGGAGGUGCAGGGCAAGCCGUUGAAGGAGUACCUAGGCCGCAGUGAAGGAGAGAUUCCUCCUAGUGGCAACGACGACUAG